CAACGAACGAGGCAAAAAUCGUCGCCAUGGCUACCGGCGCCGCCCCUUCCACGGGCGACAAACCAACCAUCAAGGUGGAAACGACGCCGGGAGACUGGCGGUUCCCGUCGGCCAACCAGACCAAGCGCUGCUUCACGUGCUACAUCGAGUACAACAAGUGCAUAGAAGCCAAGGGGGAAGGGUCCGACGAGUGCACCAAGUACGCCAAAUGCUACAGGUCCCUCUGCCCCGGGGAAUGGAUCGAGAGAUGGAAGGAGCAGAGGGCAAACGGGACUUUCGCCGGGCCUCUCUGAACAAGGCGACAGCGACUGAUCGAUCGGCCGUAUAUAUCUCUACAUAUAUCGGCUACAGCUAAUAAUACCAUUAAUCAAUCUUGUAUGGUCGU